AUGCAGAUACCCUCCGCACUCACCCAACCGACCAACGGGUCAACCGCCCCCCAGAAUCAUCCAAAUGGCACCAAUAAAGGCCUUGGAAAUCCCAACAAUGGCCCUGACAGUGGGGGCAAGGCCUCCCACGGGCGUAGCACUGGGUUUGGCCAGCACCCGUUCCUGAAGGUGCUGCUGUGCAACGGCUGUAUUGUGCGGUACAACGAACGCACUCUGCGCAAUCGGUGGAUCUUGGACCGUCGACCACACGAACUCGCUUGCAGGUGGUGCGCCAAUUACUGGCGGUGUCGUGAUGUGUUCAAGUGUGUGGUCUGUCCGAAGAUCUUCUGUCACGAGUGCGUCCGUGGCUGUUUGCCCAAACACGUCUUCGAUGCCGCAAAGGCUGCAGACAAAUGGGUUUGCUUUGCGCACAAUCCGGAACCGAUCCGACCGCUGCAAAGAUACUCCGCCAAAGUGCAGGCACUCUAUGGCGACCCCACAUCAGAUCUGUACCUCCAGCCAGGGGAUGUAAACCUGAUCCAACUACCAGCCCAGCAUGACUUAGCAGUCUACAGACCAUACAACACCAUCAAACACAUGGCCCUGCAAAUGUGUGCGCCGCCCCAACUGGUAACCGACAUGCCUUCUAAACGGCACAAGUCAUCGAAGUCAAAGGGCACCAGGCGCAACAGCCAGCCUCAGAACUCACGCAAGAAGAACAAGAAGAAAGCACGCGAAGACAGGGGCAAGGAGAUACGCACACUCAUUGACGUCGACAGCGGCGACAACCACAGGACACAGCCACCCCCCACCACCACCACACAGUCCAACCCUAAGCUGAUGAUCAAGCUCAAGCGACUGAAGGUCUCGGUUGCUGCGACAGACGCACCCGCGCCCCACCCCACAAACCUGGCCCCAACGAGCGCAGGACAUGACAGGGCCAGGGCAGUCCCAGGCGCAGGAACGGGGACAGACGAAGCACUGGACGGCGAUCUCACCAAAGCCUCAAUCGACCACUUCGCCUCGGAGGACGAAAGUGCGUCGUCUGUGACUCACGUGGCCAAGGGCAUCAUCAGCACACAACCUCAACCAGCCACACAACAGGCACUGGCAGCUGUGCAGCUCACACGGGCGAGCGGACAGCAACCACCCCCACCUCCACCCUUGCCCACCCCACGGCCACAGCACGCGCGCCCGAACUUAGGCAACGCUGCCGCACCACCUAUUGCAACAGCGGCAGGGGGUGUGGCUGGGAAAGGCACAAAGAUAAACAAGCCACGUGUGAUAGGCGCAGGCACUCUCAAGCCGGUGGCUAAACCUGCGGCCAAGACUACAGCCGACGGACGCAGCACACACUACACAGGCGCAGCAACCAAGAGUGCUCACGAGAAAGGUGGUCCACAUGCACAGACAAAUGCAAAUGCAAACGCACUAGGAGGAGGUACGGAGGCAGCUGUGCCGGCACAAGCGCUCUCAAACGGCCACACCCAGGCACAGGCGAAGACUCAGCCAAAGGCGCAGAAAAAGGCCCAGCCCCAGAAGGCAAAAGCAAACGGGCGCCCCACGGCACCCGAACAGCCACACACAGUCACGCAAGGGGUGGUGUACGCCACACCACAGCCAGGUCACACCACACACGCGCGAGGGCAGGUCACACACCUCCAGGGGCCAAGCACGCAGGCACAGACACAGACACACGCGACCAACCAUGCACUGCAGAAGCCACAGGCAACGGCAAACAUGCAGGCCCUCAGCAAACCACCCAGCAUGUCAACACUCGCAACCCAGCCACAGCCACAACCCACCCCACGCCCACAGGUGAUCUCACAGGCACAGCCAGCCGCACGAGCACUGCCACACACUCAGCCACAGCCACAGCCAACCACACAGCCCAACAAGUCUCACACACAGACAAAGACGCAGACACAGUCACCGGUACAUGUAGCAGGCGCACGCGUGAGUGCGAUAGGCUCAGCCACCCCUACCCCACCCACACAGAUGGGAAUAACCGACAAGGCAACGGUAGGUAAAGUCACUGCAACUGUGGACACGCGCACACGCACAACACAGUCACCUCAGAAGAAAAGUCACGCAAAGGCCCCGAUAACAGCUCAGGCGACCGCACAGCCUAGGCUGCCCACGAAGGCUCAGGCUAGCACCAGCCCUCACAUACCCACCAACCACCAGGUGAUCUCACACCCACCCACGGCCGCAAGCAUAGGCACACCCACCACGUCAGCAAGUGAGCCAAACCCUAAAAACCCAACAGGCACCAAGGACAGGGCACAGCCAGUCUCUAGGGACAGCAAUGCAACCACAGCCACAGCCAAAGAUACGGAAAGCACAGCUGCAACAGUCAGGGCAACUGCACAGCCAAACACCCACCACCUGGGGAGUCAGGCAAGCAGUCUACCUACCACGAAUGCAGGGGCAAAGCAAGCGAUCUCCAUUAUAAGCACCAUGGCCACACCUGCACCCGUGAAGAGCAACGGGUUCAAAAGCCCAAACCCUGCACCCGCAAAAGGGACUGUGACUGCCCCGAAGUCACCUCGGCCUACUAACAAGCCAAUGGCUGCGUCAGGCUCUAAGACGAUCACCAAGGUGCAUGCAAAGAUACCUGCGGCAAAAGUGGUGACCAAGGCGCUCACCAAAGUAACAGUUACCAAACACGCAGGCGUCACGUCCACAGACAAAGUCACACCCACACCACAGCUCAUCACUCCCCCUACCACCACCAUCAUCACCACCACCACCACCACUGCUACUACUACUACUACUACUCCCAAGACAAGCGCAAGUGCCACAAAGGGCGCCACGCCACACCCGCAAGCACAGCCAGAACACACGAAAGACGUAGACCGGACGGUCGCUAUGGCAGUCAACACAAAAGACCAGUCAAUCAUCAUGGUAAGCAACACAACAGACCAGGCUGUCGCUGUGGUAGGCAGUGCAUCUGAUACAGACACUCUGCGCACGCACCACACGGCCCAACUGCGACCGUCCAGCGCCACACCCACAGGCGUCCCCAUCGCAACACCACAGACGGCACCACCGACCAAGCUAAGCGCACACACCGUCGCAACGGCGUACACGGCUCCACACACAGACACGCCCUCGCCUGCUGCAAUCCAGGAGAAGACAACCGUACACACAGCUGUAAUGCAGGAGAAGUCAACCAUACACUCAGCUGUAUUACAAGAGAAGUCAGCCAUACACUCAGCUGCAGGGUCAACCGAUGCGAAGGCUUCAGCCACGGUGGCAGGCGUGACUGUGCACAGUGGCAAUGGAGACAGUGCGCAGGUGUUGGGAGGUGUGACCGGCAGCAGUGCUGUGAGUGCCGUGGCAAACACCCGCGCACAGACAGACACGCCCACGACCACCACACAGCACCCCACCAGCAACGGCACGACAGGUGCUGGUAGCACAACAACCCCACAGGUCAUAGGCAAGACACCAGCGCCCACUGUGGGUACGAGUAUGGGAACAGUUGCCAUGGCAACCGAAAAGACGGGUAAAAAGGGCCUGAAAGAAAAGGGGGCCGUGUCUUCGUCUUCGCCCACGCCUGCUACAGUUAAAGCGGUAUCGGAUAAAGAUAAAGCGGGACAAGAGCUAGCGAGUUCCAUACGGCACCAAUCUGACCCGAAUGCCAGGUCAUCGCCACGCAAACGACCCGCGACACCCACGCUACACGACGUGUUCAACACUUCCAAAGUGUUCACGACCAACGCAGCAGGCACUGUGCACCCGGUCACCACGGGCGACAGCGCAUUUGCGACAUUGGACCCAAUUUCGGCACAGAAUGACGCGGUGGUGCAACCCGAAAGCGUCGGCGUAAAGACUGCCCUCUCGGCUGCCAGUGAAGACUCUGGCCACCCAACGGCAACAACAGCUGCGACAGGUGAGGCUAUCCACGGCGCAACCACCAAGCAGGCCACCCUAAACACCGAGCAACAGGCAGCUUUACAGACGAGCGUGGUGCAGGCGGAUGCGGCAGGAAUCGCAGCAACACCACUACCCGCUAAAAACCCAACAUCACCCACAGGCACCAAAACAUCAUCAGAAACACUCAACAAGAAAGUAUCAGCACCCACAGGCACCAAAACAUCACCCACAGACACCAAAAAUUCACUCACAGACACCAAAAAAUCACUCACAGACACCAAAACAGCACAGGAAGCACAUAGCAAGGAACCAAUAACACUCACCGUCACCACAACAUCACCCGAAACACUCAACAAGAAACAAGCAGCACCCACAGCCAUCACAACAUCACCAGAAGCACACACGAAGAAACGAACGACACCCACAGGCACCGCAGCAUCACCAGAAGCACACACGAAGAGCGUGGACAAAGGACACUCGCCAGCGACAGACAAGACACCACCCGCCAGAGAUACAGCAGCCGCUAUCUCAGCCUCCGAAACACCCACAACAAAGGAAGCAAAUUCACGACUCCCGCCCAAGACCACCACUAAGACGGGUGCAGGCGGACAGGGCAAAGGGAGUGGCACGCACCCCACACCUGCAGUCAGUGCGGCUGAGGAGGCUGCUGGGAACACCCCCCCUGUGGGCAAGAAGAAGGCCAAGUCACCCCCCAAGGGAGAGGAAAGGGCUGCACCUGCCCCGGACACGGCAGGACUUGAGGACAAAACGCCGGCAGCCGAUGACAGCAAGAGAGCGACCGCUGUGUCCGUUUCGACCACGACACAGGCCACGCAUUCAGACCACGCAGCCAAAGUGGACAAGAAACUGGACACGCGUACACACACGCCUGUAAGUACGGACGGGCUGGUGACGAAGGAGGUUGUCAAGGACGUUGCUAUGGAGAUAGGUGGUGUGAGCAACCCCACUGUGGCAGAGAAAGGCGAUGUGGCCCAGCUAUUAACUGCCAAGGAGUUGGCCACCAUCAACAGCACGUCAACUGGCACGUCAACUGAAAUGCACAUGGACACCCACACAUCUAAGAAGACAACUACCGCACCCACAGCCACAGACACAACCACAGACACAGCCACAGACACAUCCACAGCCACAGACACAACCACAGCAACUGACACAGCAACUGACACAGCCACAGUUACAGACGCAUUUACAGACGCACCCGCAACCAAGAGCACGCACUCACCAGCAACAAAGUCAACCAGUACAGAAGACGAGGUGGUUAAGGCCAAGCCACAGCCCAAAGAACCGGAAAUUGGUGCGAAUGGGACGCACAAGGCGAGUGGUAGCAGUGAUGGGCUGUCAAUGAGCAGCAGUGCGGAAUCAAAGACAUCCGCAGCAGUCACUGGGCACGGCACGGCAACCACGCAGGCUACAACGAGCACACAACCACACACACAGCCAUCGACAGGCGACACACACGCCACACACACACACACACAGCCAUCGAAAGGCAGCGCACACGCCACUGCCGACGCAAAUGCUCGAUCGCGUAGCACCACAAGCACUGCCGUUACAAGAGAUGCACAGACAGACACCAAAACCACACACGCGCCCAAGGACACGGCCAAGCCACACCGCACCAAAACCACAACCAACGCAGUCAAGAAGCCCACAGGCACGGGAAAUGCCAAAAGCGUAGUGCCUGCUACCACAGCCACAGCUAAAGUGGCCUCCAGCGUCAAAGAAAGGACCGACCAGAAGAUCCCCAAGACUGUGGCAAAGGCUACCGAGAAGGCUGCGGCAGCAACCGCCACUCAAAACAACAGUAUACGCGCAUCGUACAGCGAUGGAGUGUACACGUCCAACGACUCACAAAGCCUCAACAUGUCCAGUCCUGCACCCGACUUCAACAUCAACUCACCAUCGGUUGCACCUGAUCCCAAACUUAAGGACGCAAAACGCCCUGUGUUCCACCCCUCACGCGACCAUGACGAACUCAUCAGGCAGCACAUCAACUGUGGCGCAUACUUCCAGUCGCACAUCAACAAGUGCAAGACCAAGGAGGAACUCCUGGCCCAGAUCCACAAGCUGAGCCAUGCCAUGCACACCAUUGAGAUUGCGUACAAUGAGCUGCAGCAGUUUGUGCGCCGAUGCCCCACUCACCUGCACGUGCUGAUCGACACGGAGAUGAAGCAGAGCACCGACUUGUACAACAUUCAUUUGGAACUCAGGGGCAUCUACACCACGGGAUACGACACCUACCACAAUUGGUCAUGAACUACCUACACACACACAGCAACACACACACAGCACACAAGUGACAUACACACAGCAACACACACACAGCAAUGUAUAUACACCUGCAUAUUUGAUGUAUGGGUCCGCGGGAAACAGCCAACCCCAAGAAGAGGUGAAACAACAAUGAGGCAACCAACAGGGUAUCAGACAACCAGGCUGUGGUGAGGGGAUGACCAACUGACAGCCAGGCUGUGGCUGAGUGCGAGGUCUGCGCUGGUUCUGAUCAGGCACAUUCGGGCACGAUCGCCUCUCCGUUGCUCAGUGUUAAGUGUGUCUAUAGAUACGAACCAUUGGCAACAUAGGCCAUAGACAACGGAAGGUGCAGCCAAAUACGAGAGAUUUGAAAUACACACAGCCAGCUGGAGGGCAGUUGCGUUGUGGUGCAAUCUCAGGGAGUGUAUGAGGACGUGGGUAGCGAAUAACCCGCCCUUGUAUAUCUAAUAAUGAACUUUAAUAUGUCUAAUAAUAAACUUUGAA